UUGUCUCUUGUUACUACUACAUGUAUUGAUGGAUGUAGUUGUCCUAUUUGUUUAGAGAUUGAUGCAUGCUUGAAUGAUGCAACUACUUCUUCUCAUGAUUUGUUUAAAAUAUCUCCUAUGCUUGAUCUUGAAAUGCUUGAGAAGGGUAUAUCUUCUUGUGUUGUAGGUACUAAAGCCAUUAAGGCCGAAUCUAUGAGUUUUUCUCCACUCGAGCUUGAUGUUCUUAGGAUUCCCAAGCUAUUGGAGGAAAAUUCUACACUUUCACAUGUCGAGGCCGUGGCUCAAGUCCAAGCACUUGAGGACAAGUUGCAAGAAAAGGGGGAGGCUGUAAAGAAAGAAGAGGAGAAAUCAAAAACAAGUGACAAGCCUAAAAGACAAGAUAGUACCAUGGAAUAUUCCACCAAAUUAGACUUGAAGAAGCUCAUUCCCUCUUGUGUAGAGCCACCUACCUUGGAGUUGAAGCCUUUACCAUCCAAUCUCAAGUAUGCAUAUCUCAUUGAGAAUGAGAAGCUUCCGGUAUGGAGUUCCUAAGGCCUUGGUAAGUGACCAAGGAUCCCACUUUUGCAAUAAGAUGAUGAAGGCUCUCUUGGCUAAAUAUGGAGUGCAUCACAAAAUCUCUACACCAUAUCAUCCCCAAACUAAUGGCCAA